AUGGCCGAUAUCGAACGGGCCGACAAAGGUCCCAAAGACCAGACGACAACGCCUCUCGACGAUGACUGCUCAAAGGCAUCUAUUGCUGUCGGACAGGAAAAUCUCUCCGCCGUUACAGCGCCCCACGAGUCUUUCGAGGGUUAUCAUCGCUUUGACCCUACGGCAUCUUGGACGGAGAAGGAGGAGAGAGCGGUUGUGUGGAAAACCGAUUUGUUGCUUCUAACAUGGGUUUGUGUCAUGUUCUUUGGUCUGCAACUUGACCGCGGAAAUUUAUCCAACGCACUCACGGACAAUCUACUCGAUGACCUGAACCUCUCGUCGAAUGAUUACAACAAUGGAACGACAAUCCAACUCGUGUGCUUCCUAGCAACCGAAUUCCCCGCACAGCUUCUCAUCAAGCGAUAUGGAUUCAGACGCGUUCUGCCGAUCAUGAUGAUGCUGUGGUCCCUUGUUUCCUGGACCCAGGCAUGGAUGACCGGUCGGGCCAGCUUUUAUAUCACCCGUGCCUUGAUCGGGGCUUUUGAGGGUGGUUUCAUCCCUGGUACCAUUCUGUUUGCAACCUAUUUCUACAAAACGAGGGAGUUGAGUGUGCGGCUCGCUUUCUUCUGGUCGACAUUGAACGUUGCUCGCAUUAUCUCGUCCUUGCUUGCCGCAGGAAUAUUGGAGAUGCGUGGAGUUCACGGAAAGACAGGCUGGUUUUGGCUUUUUCUGAUUGAGGGUCUCUUGACUUUUGUUAUUGGACUAGUGAGCUUCCUUUACCUUCCCGGCUCCCCAACCAACACGAAGAGUGUUCUCGUCCCCAAACCAUGGUACACUGAGCGCCAGGAGGUGAUUAUGAUCAAUCGCCUGCUACGUGACGACCCCUCGAAAGGUCUCACCAACAUCCACGAACGCGCUACCCUCAAUGACGUACUCCGUGCCUGGAGCGACAAGUCCAUGUGGGGUCUGUACCUCAUCGGCCUUGUCGCCUAUAUCCCGCAGAAUCCAGUCCAAGCAUAUCUAUCACUAACCCUGAAACGGAUCGGGUUUUCGACCUUCGACUCCAACAUGCUCUCCAUUCCAUCGGCAGUGCUCCAGAUUAUCCUUAUGCUGGCUCUCUCGAGCAGUAGUGAAUAUUUCGGCGAGCGAUCAUUCCACUGUCUGUUUGGCGAGUUCUGGUCCUUGCCAUUACUGGCCGCAAUGCUCGCUCUACCGGACGGUGGCCGCGAGUGGGGCCGUUUCACCAUCACCACGUUGAUAUCCGGAUAUCCGUACUUUCACCCGAUUGUGUCGGCUUGGAUUUCUGAGAACACAUUCGAUGUGAAGAAGCGAGCCAUUACGGCUGCAACUUAUAACGUGAUUGUCCAGGUUGGAUCCGUCAUCGCGUCUCAGAUCUAUCGCGACAACGACAAGCCGUACUACUUCACUGGCAACAAGGUGCUUAUUGCGAUUUGUGCCUUCUCAAUGGUAGUGUUCGUGGCGCAGAGGGAGUACCUCCGUUACCUCAAUCGACAGAAAGAGAAGAAGUGGAAUGAUAUGACGCCCGAGGAGAAAGUGGCGUACCAGUCCGACCAGGCUGCUCGAGAAGGCGAAGGGAACAAGCGGCUGGACUUUCGCUUUAAGUAUUAA